UUGGCAAUAUUGCUCAGAAAUGCAUUGUAAUAGACUAAUACUAACGGAUGACGAGAAAAAUUAACAGUUCCGGUUUUUGAUUAACUGAAUUUUUUCUUUAAAUUUUAAUUUAAAUAUAUGGAUUUCGGGAGAAUUAAAAAAUUUCGGUGUUAAUAAUUUGAGUAUACAUUAACAAUUUAGAUAUGUGGGAAACCAAAAUCCAAUACAGUCAUCAACUCAAUUUCAUCUCAUUCAAACAUUUCCUUGUAUAUACAACAACAGUUGCGGAUUGACAAAUCAUCGUUGAAGUACUUCAUACAUACAUAAAUAUGUCUUCACCAAUUAAUUGAGUCUUUCCGGUGCAUGUGAUAUUUUAGCGAAAAUUCCGAAAUGGCUUUAAAAAUAUUUCGGCUUAAUUGAGUGUGAGGAAUAGCAAAAUAUUUAUGUUAUGAAACCAAAUAUUUGCUUGCAUCUCAGCUACCAGUAUAACACUCCACUGAACAAACAAAUUCACCGGUUAAUCAUAUGCACAUGCAGAUUAGCCCGUACAAAGACAUCAAAGCGAUGCGGAACAAAAAUAAGAAGAAAAAAAGAAGAAUUGCACAUCCCCACCCCUAUACUGACUUAUUUUCCAUUAACAUGCGCACAUCAGCACACAAACUCAAAACGAGGUAGAGCAUUGAUAGGAAGGGACGCUAGCUGUAUUUACAAGCGCAUGUUGCCAGGACGGUAAUGUUGGAAUUCCUUGGAAGUUGCAUGACCCACACGAUAAGCUUAAGUCUUAGAUUUCCCUUUCUUGUAACUUUUUCACGUUCCGAACAAAAUGAGUCACAAGAGCAGCGCUCGUUUGAAGUUGAAGCGACGUUCCGGCGAGCAGUGGGUCUCCACGAAUCGCGUUCUUAAUAGUAUUUCGGGUUCCAAAAAGACAAGUAGCAUCGGACGAAAUCCCAAUUUCGAUACAGAUGAAACAAAACUGCUCAUACAACUUUGGGGCGAUCCGAAAGUGCAGCGCACACUCAUUAUAGCGCACAAGAAGCACGCGGUACUCUGUGAUUUAGCGGCAAAGAUGCAACAAUACGGUUAUUAUCGCUCGCCGGAGGAGAUCAGUACACGCGUUAAGAAUCUUAAGUGUUUUUACAAUCGUCUAAAGAAAGAAAUUGAAUCUGGUCUGGCAUCGGCCGGUGAGCCUACAUGGAAACAUUAUGCCGAAAUGGAUGCAAUAAUGAAGCGACCGAUCUUUAGUGUGCGCCCGAAUGAGGUACCACCGCCUUCUCUAAAAUAUCAGCUAGAAAAGGCACGCGAAGAGCGCGAGGAGCGCCGUCAGAAGAUAAUAGAAGAAGGCGGCACAGUGUCGGAAAGUGAUGACGGUUUGGAUGAGCUCGUUUCGUUGAGUAAUGGGAAAACCACCGCCAAGCCCGACAUUGACGACGGUAUAAUACCCGAUGUGGAGGUUGAUAUUAACGACGAAACUUUCGCAGCCAUUGCAAGCGCCGCUGAGAAAACCGUAAAGUCGGCGACCAAGCGACGUAAGUUGUCGAAGGCAAGUGAUGGCAGUUCAGAAGUGUGCAGGGAAUUGGAUGAAGAGCACGCGGAGGAAAUGUCUAGUACGGAUGACAAUGAUUUGGCUGAUGUGCAAGUAAAAGAGGAAAAUGAGAGUAUGGAUAGUGAGGAAUUUCCUUUGUGCAGGGUUGGCAAACGAAAAUCGGCUGAUGCUGAGAAGACUAAGACAACACAGAAGCAUAAUCAAGCGAGUAAGCUGACAACAACUUCGGCGAGUGCAGUAAUCAAAGAGGAGCCAAUCGAUGUUGAUGCGGACGACGAUAACGAGAUCGUGCCUAACACAACCACAAAGCCUACACUUGUGGAUCGUUUAGUUGAAACCUCGUCCAGCAUUGUUAUACCCGUCUCGAGUCCCAUGACCAUUAUCUCCAGCGCCAGCAACGUGUCUAAAGUAGCAACCACAAUCACGUCCAGUGCUCAAUCAGCGACGCAAGGAAAAAUUUCUUUAGUACCAACGAAUUUUCUUAUGCAACCUAAGCCGCCGACGCCUACAGCAUUGACACCCGCAAUACCAACGCCACAGCCACUAAUGCCGCUCCAUCCGCCGCAGAUACAAUUGUUGCCGAACGCAUUAAAUGCCACCGGCACAUUGCAGGGCGGCCGUAUUUUGCUCAGCGGCACACCGGGCGUAGGCGGCGUACAGACCUCUGCUUCAAGCACGGGCUUCGUAGCAACCGGUCCGGGUGGCAUGAAGCUACUUUUAGUCAACGCGGAUCAAACCACCACGCAAAUAGGCGCAACCAACGCGGCUUUGGGUAAAACUUUGCUGCCACAGUUGAGUGCUGCUUUACUGCAGCAACAGCAGCAGCAACAACAAAAACAGCAGCAACAGCAAUUGCAGGCUCAACAGCAGCAACAACAACUACAACAACAACAACAGCAGCAACAAAAGCAACAACAAUUACAACAGCAGCAACAGCAAGAACAACAACUACUGCACGAGAAGCAACGACGCGAGGAGCUCAUUUCACGCAAGGAGGCAGCCAGCAUGCGUAUACUCCUGCGUCACAUAUACAAUGCGCAAACGGAGAACAACGAUAUCCAGCACCAGCGGCUGGCGCUCGAGCGUGAACGCUUCGAGUUCGAGCGCAACUCAGUUGAGCGCUUCUUUGCCGAACUGCCCAAACUCUUCAGCCAACAACAGCAGCAGCAACAACAGCAGACACAAGUGCUACAACAACAACAACAACAAGUUGCUGCCGCUAUGCAAGCGCACACACAACAAAUGCGUAUGAAUCCACCGAAAUUGGUCUUUACCACCUCCAUGCCGGGUGCUACGAGUUUGGCCAGUGUGGCCGGCGUACCAAGCGGCACCACAAUAUUGACGCCAGCUAAGUUGACGACAAGCGCUUUGCCCAAAUUGGCGCCAGCGCCAACUGCGGUUAUAACGCAGACGCCCACACUGACCGUGCCAGUGUCUGAAGCGGUUGUAAGUGGCACGCAGAGUUUAGAUGUCCAGCUGGUCACGCCGAAAGUAGAGAACGACGAGUGAAGCAAGUUAAAACAGGCGAAACGGAAUAAAAGUUGAACGAAGUACACAUUAAGAAAAAAAAAACAGAUAUUAAGAAUAUUACUCUAUAAAGUAUGGACUGCAAAUGGCACAAAAUUAGUAUAAAAUAACGAUGAAUUUCCAAAAUGUGCUUAACUCAAGCUUUAUGAAACUUGUGCUAUACAGAUUUCCUAGUUGCUUUGAGCGAUUGGAACUAACUUCUUGGGCAUCAUUUUAGGCGCGGUUGUUUUUACUACCGGAGCCGGAGUAUACUAAAUAUUUUGUAGAAGAUCCUCAAAUGCGGAGGCUAAAGUUACAAAUCUCAAAACAUUUGAAAAAAAAAAAUACUGAAAUACAUUUUUAAAUUAUUUAAGGUUAGGAUGAAUACAAUAUUAAUGCAAAAAACUAGUAAAGUAAGUAGUAGCGUUCCUUAAAGUAGUUACACUUGUAGCGUCUAUAUUUGCGUAGUAAGUAUGUAGUUACACCAGCAAAGUUAAAUUAAAAAUGCAUAGCAAUUAUUUUUCAUAA